CUGUGCUAGCCACGUUGCUUUGUGAAUCAGCAGAGCCGGUGUUCAAAAUGAACUCUCUAAUACUGGUCCUGUUUCUUGGAGCUACCGUCGCCUUGGCCGAGAUACAUGUGGGAAAUGAUCCACACCAUGGCCACCACCAUGGGGAGCAUAAGCCAUCAAAACAGCCACCGCCAACAACAGAGCCAGACAAAGUAGCUGACGAGGAAAGCGAUCCACGCCGCCCUCGUCCUUCUUUUGGGCCUGUCAUGAAAAAGUGUAUAAGAAAGUGCCUCGAAGAGUAUAAGCCGUCAAAUAUGCCGUCAAAAAUCCCAGAGAAGCUAGCUGACAAGGAAAAUGAUCCUGUCCGUCCUGGUCCCACUGGUCAUCGUUCUAGUUUUUCGCCUGCGUUGGAGAAGUGUAUUGAGAAAUGCAUCGAAGAAGGGGAGCGAUAAAGUCCGAUGGCCUGUAGAGCAACUUCGUCCGAUCAUGUUUCAUGAACGCAUAAUUCAGACAUGCGUAGUUCUUGUUGGGGAUAAAUUACAAAGACAGGGGAAUAAAGCAUUGAAAAAGUA